GAGGUUAUGCUAUUUUAAGGUGGUUUUAUUUUAUGGCAAUAUGUAUAAUUUAUUAGAUCUUAUGUAAUCUGUAUGUGUUCUAUUCAGAAUGUGUAUUUAAUUUCUUGGUUAGCAUCAUUAACUUUCACUUGCUACUUUAGUGACUCGGUCUGGCACUGCCCAUUAUUCAGGUACAAGAUCUGUGUUGUAAGGCGCUCGGAAGAGCGUCUGCUAAAUGAACGUAAUGUCAUAAUACUGCUUGUCUUUUUUCAUAUAGACUAGCAGCAUGCCGCCGAAAUAAAUAAUUACACUAGUCUAUUAGAAUUCCAAUUGUGGUUCCAUUUCCAACAAUUAGUAUUAUUAGUAAGCGAUGUUUUUCGCCAGGGCCCAUUACAAGGGAUAGCCUACAGGGGUAGGCUACUUUCCGUCCAAGAAACGAAAUUAUUUUGUCCGAGAAAAAUACCUACGCUAAAACAAACGACAGUUAUUGACCAGUCGUUCUAGAGUCAGUCCGUUUUCGCUUCAAAAGAAAAGGUUUUAUUACAAUUGCAGGCUUAUGUCGUAUUUCAGGUCGGACGGUCCGCCUCAUUGUACCAGUAGCGCGGAGAAAGAAGUUGCCAACAACACAGGUGUCCUCCGUGAAUGGGCGGGGACGAUAUCGCAUUGCUACCAGGUGUAUCAACCGGCAAGAAAACCAUUGUGAAGGGAUAGGUUGUCAAAAUGAAAAUGUGACGACUCGAGAUCUUUCUCGCUAAUACUAGGCUAUUUAGACUAGCUUCUUGAAAAUCACAUCCUUUCUCACUAGAAAACAACCGCUAACGUUAGCUAAAGUUAUCCGGUUUAAGAACGCACAUUGGGCGGCGUUUCACUCAUUCAGUCGAACCGGAUUAGGAUAGCAAACUAAAUUAUAUAUAGCCUAAGCUGUCUCCGGUCCGGCUUCGGGAGAAAGUCGUUUUCUUGGGUGGGGAACAUGGCUAGCUAUACUGUACCCAUCUAGCGAGGCUGCAAUACUGGAAACUGCAACUGGAGGCUUGCUGUUCACGCGUAGCUGAUGAAGUAGCGAAAAUACGGGUAGAUCCAGUAAUCCUCUGGCAGCUGUCUCCCAAGAAGGCCGUAUAUUGCUUGUUUUGGUUCUGAAGAUGGCUAGCUAGCUAGGCUAGCUUGUCAAAAGCGUCUGGAAGAAGACGGACUGGAACACAGUCAACCAUAUCAAUAAUUCGAUGACGAUGGACAAGCUGUUGGGCUUUGGAUUUUGUGAAGACAAAUGUUUAGCAACCGUGAAGGGACAAGAGCUCAGAGAUGGCAACAAGGAACCGAGGCUCCUGUCACUGAUCGAGCGAUCUGGAGACUACAUGUUGGGUGUUUUAGCCAAUCCUGAUGCUGUAGUGACGAGUCCAGUGCCUCAGUUGUCUAUACCCAUCAACAGCCAUUUCCACCUUGUGCGGGAGGCUGAGGAGGCACUACUCAUUGAUUUCCCCAUUAACUCUCCUUUGCGCGUGCGCGUGCAAGGCGAACGAUCCCCGGAGCUGCUGCUGGAGUUGCUGGACGAUGAGCGCAGUCAGGCUUUCUUUGCGCAGGUGAAGAAGGCCAAACAUCAAGCCGUGUCAAAAACACCCCCACCCAAAAGGAUGGUCCCUCUUGCCCCAGUACCCAAUUUGAAGCCAGUCCCUGCUGCCCCACAGAAGGUUGUCUCCAAACCAGCGGCCAUGGUGCUGCCCAGCACCAAACCCUCUGUGACUGCCCUGCCCAUCAACCCUAGCAACGGGACAGUCCCACUCAGCACAGCAGAUGCUCGAGAUCCAGCUCUGUCCCUGGCUAUGGACUUCGGCUUCGAGAACCAUUUCAACCACGCCCUGAAGGUGGAGGAGAAGAAGAACCAGCAGAACCGCAUCGUCGCUCCUCGUGGGGCUCCUCCACCACCCCCGUUGCCCCCCCGAAAGCCGCCCCCCUGCGCCCCUCCUCCUGGGCUUCCCCCCAGGAACAGAGCACCGUCCCUGCCGAGCAGGGAUGGGCCUGUCAACACCCCCACCAGCAGAGAGCGCAUGACCUCUGCUGAACGCUCCACCACCAUGAGGCACGCCAUGUUCCCCCCUCAGUCCAGCCAGCGGGAGGGGCUCAUCAAACACCGCCUGGCCAAAAAGGAGAAGGAGUAUGUGGACAUACACAACUUCAGGUUCUUCACAGGGACGUGGAAUGUGAAUGGCCAGCCUCCUGAGGGCAGUCUGAGGCCUUGGCUUUGCUGUGACCCUGAGCCUCCAGACGUUUACGCUUUGGGGUUCCAGGAGCUGGACCUGAGCACUGAGGCCUUCUUCUACCUGGACUCAUCCAAAGAGCAGCUGUGGGUGGAGGCUGUGGAGAGGAACCUGCACUCUAAAGCCAAGUAUAGCCAUGUCCGCACCAUUCGCCUGGUGGGCAUGAUGCUGGUGGUGUUCGUCAACAGUGAGCACAGGAACCACAUCAAAGAGGUGGCAGUCGGGUCCGUGGGUACGGGCAUCAUGGGUAAAAUGGGAAAUAAGGGUGGUGUGGGGGUGCGGUUCGUGUUCCACAACACCAGCUUCUGCAUCGUCAACUCUCACCUGGCGGCCCACGUGGAACACUUUGAGCGCCGUAACCAGGACUACAAGGACAUCUGCGCCCGAAUGACCUUCCACCUGCUGGACUACCCCCCGCUCAGCAUCGUCAAGCACGAUGUAGUCAUUUGGCUGGGAGAUCUGAACUACCGGCUGUUCAUGUACGAUGCAACUGAAGUCAAAUGCCUCAUCUCCAAAAAUGAUCUGAAGAAGCUUCUGGAAUGUGACCAGCUCAAUGUCCAAAGGCAGACACAUCAGGCCUUCACUGACUUCAUGGAGGGAGAGAUCAAGUUUAUACCCACAUACAAGUAUGACCCCAGAACAGACCGCUGGGACUCCAGUGGGAAGUGCCGUGUCCCGGCCUGGUGCGACCGGAUCCUGUGGAGGGGCACCGGAGUGAAACAGCUGCAGUACCGGAGCCACAUGGCGCUGCAGACCAGCGACCACAAGCCCGUCAGCGCCCUCUUCAGCAUCGGGGUGAAGGUCGUGAACGAGCAGAGGCACAUGAAGGUCUUCGAGGAGAUCGUGCGCAUGAUGGACAGGAUGGAGAACGAGUUCCUGCCGUCCCUGGUGCUGACUCGAAGGGAGUUCCACUUUGAGAACGUGAAGUUCUGCCAGGUUCAGAGGGAGCGCUUUCAGAUCACCAACGACGGCCAGGCCCCCUGCCACUUCAGCUUCAUCCCCAAGCUCAACGACACCCAGUACUGCAAGCCCUGGCUGAAGGCCGAGCCCUGCCACGGCUUCCUGGAGCCCAACGAGACGCAGGAGAUCUGCCUGGAGGUGCUCGUGAACAAGGACUCCGUGACCCUGCUCAACUCGGGGGAGGACUCCAUCCAGGACAUCCUGGUGCUGCACCUGGACCAGGGCAAGGACUACUUCCUCACCGUCAGUGGCAACUACCUGCCCAGCUGCUUCGGCACGUCGCUGGAGGCGCUGUGCCGCAUGAAGAAGCCCAUCCGCGAGAUCCCCAUCACCAAGCUCAUCGACCUGGGAGAAGAAGGCUUCAUGGACCAGGAAAAGUCCCAGAUAAGCUUCCUCCUGGCGGACUCUCCCGGAACUGAAGAUAGGCCCUUGAAGAUCCCCAAGGAGGUGUGGCUUCUGGUAAACCACCUCUUCACCAAGUCCUGCCAACAGGAGGACCUCUUCCAGACACCAGGCCUGGAGGAGGAGCUGCAGAAUAUCAUUGACUGCCUGGACACCAGCAUUCCUGAAACCAUACCUGGCUGUAACCACUCAGUGGCGGAGGCCCUGCUGAUCCUGCUGGAGGCCCUGCCGGAGCCCGUGGUGUGUUACGAACUGUACCAGCGCUGCCUGGAGGCCUCCCAUGACAGCCGCCUCUGCAGACAGCUCAUUUCCCAGCUUCCCCGGGUCCAUCGCAACGUGUUCCGUUAUCUCAUGAGUUUCCUGAGAGAGCUGCUCAAGUACUCCCACAGCAACAACCUUAACGCCAACUUCUUAGCCACUCUGUUCGCCAGCCUCCUCAUCAGGCCGCCGCCCAACGUGGCGGGCCGGCAGUCGGGCCAGGACCGGCAGAAGGCCAUCGACUUCAUCCUGGGGUUCCUGAUGGGCGGGGACGUGGAGUGAGACCGGCGGGACGCUCGCCACUCGCCGCUGCGCUCUACGGCCCGGCCCUGCACGGGGGGGACCGGAGCGCUUAGGGAGGGAGGUGCUCUUUGGCCCGGGGCCAGGGACACAUUCGACGCCGCGGUGGUGGUAAUGGCGAAUGUGGAAAGAGGCGGCGGGUUUACUGGGAAGGGUUCCUCCCCUCCACCGCUGAUUGGCUCCCUCCAUUCCUCUCCCUUCGCUUUAAGCAAAAAGUCAUCACCGUGCUGGUUUCUCCCCUAAAUAAGCACAACUCUCAAUACAUGCCGUCUAAGCAGUUCCUCUCCGCUACUUCCUGGACCAAGAAGGACACAACCUCCUCUGUUGUACAUGGUACUGCUUUCCUGAGUGGACAUGUUGACCCUACCUUUCUAUAUAAAAUCCACUUUGCUGGCUUUUUGCACCAAAAGGAUCCCCGUGUGGUAAACUUGUGACUCUCAUUGUGUGUUUUGGUCCUGGGUACGAAGAAAUGUGCAGCUUAUUGCACUAAAGACAGGCCACAGUGAGGGGGUGAUUGGACUGACUUUAAGACUUUAAGUGAUGCUGCUUGAAUGUUUCUCUUGACUAAGACUAAGGUCAAGAUGUUCUUCUCAAGUUUAAUCUAGUAUUCAGACUCAGAUUCUCUCAUUGGACCAAAAAAAACACACCUGGGAAUUUUUCCGGUUAAGCACUUUGUUCCAGGCAAUUCAGAACUUUGUAAUGAUCAGAAAUUCUACCACUGAGCUGCAAGACUUUAUGUGAUGCCCAGGUCUGAAGAUAAUUGAUUGAUUCAAAAUUGUCAGCAGUUACAUCUGUAGUUGUAUACAUUGUAUAUUUAUUUUUAGUUCCGUUUUAGCAAACCAACUGUUUGAUCCUCCUCGUCCUGCGUUUCCUUUAUCGAUAUGAUAUAGGGAACUUAAAAUGAAGUGGAAGAUAGAAAAUAAGUUUUGUCAUUUUAUGACGAAUGCUUGAAGUAAAUAUUUGUUUUUGCUUUCCUCCUGGUUGACUGGAGCGUAUUUUUGCCAUCUUGUAGACCUUAACUGCAGCUGUGAAGUGCCUUUCCUGGUGACUUCAUGUUGGAUACUUAUUGUACUCUUCGCCCAAUGUUCAGUUUCAGAACGUCCACAACCCACCCACUUUCUUUCAAAGAACAAUAGGGCUGGAUUCCCUGUACCCUUCAUCAUAACCGAUAAUAAUUGCAAUGAAAGUGUUCAGACGCGCCCCUUGCAAUUAUGUCUUUGUGGGUGUUAAUAGUGUUUCACCUAUCAUUGUCUGCUGUAGAUAUAAUACUUCACUUCAUAGUAUAAUGGUACAAGAAUGAGUUGACAUACAGUACUGUAUAUGGCAUGCAGGUUACACGUUCAAAAAGUGGUGGCCUGUUCUUUACAGACUUUUGGUAAACGCUAUUCUUUAUGUUUUCUAUUUGCAACGAUAUUGGUAUGAUGAUACAAUGCUUUUCUCUCAGAGGGUAACUGUCACUCAUUAAUGUGGCACUUUCCAGUGACAUCACACUGAGGUAUUCAAAGAAUUUUGUGCUGCUGAAAAUUCAUCGGACAUGCAUGGAGAAACUGAAAAAAGCCAGUUUCAUAAACCUUACUGUUAGUAGCUCAUUACUUACAGUAGGUCAAAGCAUGAAUUGCUUGUGAUCCUUGUGCAUAUAGCAUGUAGCUAUAAGCAUAUAGCGGCCAUACCUGGCAUUUAUUUGCUUUACAAGACUGACUGCUCAUCCUAAAUUUGUUUGUACUAACAUGUUACAGUUCUUGUAAUGUCACUGUAACGUGAACUGUUCUUAUGCUUGCUCUAGCAUUUUACCUGUGGAUACUACACUGUACCUCCGUACUACACUUGCUUUAACUGCCCUCAGGGGUACUUCUCUUGCUUGUGAAUUGAAUCCCUGGCUCGAUCAUUGCUCUCCAUUUAAACGGUACUCCGUGUCUGAAGUGGCAUGUGCGUAGGUCAGAGGAACGUUUCGCGUAAUGGGCCUCGGUGUACCAGUUUAAUUACAGGCCAGGCCGCCUUGGAACGCGUUCCCUACUCUGCAGAAGAAUGUCACGCCGCUCUUAGAACACGCAGCACGACUUCCCUAAACACGGGCGCUCCGUAAAACACAGGAAGCCGUGCCUCACGACACCUGUCCGUCGUCUGCUUUUAAAAAUACCCGUAGAACACUCGGCUUCACCGUCUCCCCGCUUCCCGCUAAAGCUUCUUUUUGAAUCGCUGCGAUGGAGCGUCAGGAUGCCAGCGGACUCCCGAGUGAGCGAGGAGGACACCCUCUUGCAAUCAGGGAUGUGAUGUUUCCAGAAUUUUCCGGUUUAAUCAGGAAGUCCUGUUCUUCAUACCCUUAAUUAAGAACAAGAACUUUUUUUUGCUUUGACAGCUCACAGGAAAGAGUCUUCAGUGAUUCAAGCCCAGUACUGGUGACCUCAUAGACAUUAAGGAUCUGAAAAAUAAAAUUUUCUGAUUAAUGCGGAAAAUCGAGAAAAGUCGCUUCCUGAGAAAAGUCAAAUGCCAGGCCGUUUGCUGACUCGUGAAAGGCCUGGCAACGUGUUUUCACGGCCACAGAGGUUUUCCCUCACCCUUAUAAAUGGCGGUCAAGGUUUCGUGUAUCCAAAGAUGGGCAGAGAUACCACAUUCUGUCAGCGAGACGCUGAACUAAAGCAAUCGUACAUUGCGGUAAAAAGUGGAAAAGCCUUCUGGUUGUUUAAAACGGGUCGGUAACUGACAGCUGACUGUAGCCCCGCCCAUUUUGGGAGUCUUGUUUAUCUGAGAGUUCUCGCAGGGAGCGUGUGGGCUCCUGGCCUGCCCUUGCUGCCCUGGUUCUCCAAGCUGAUGAGUCAACAGUUUCUAUACGUUGUCCUCAGCAUGGAGGUUCACUCUGGUGUUGCUGCUGGAGAGAUACGAUGUGUACAGUCUCUGUAUGUAUGUAUGUGUGUCUGUUGGUGUUAUUUUUAAUCACCCAUGUUGAGUGUGUGUGUGUGUUCUGUUGUUCUUGUGUUGGAGCUGUGUAAAGGCUUGUGAUUAUUGUACAUAUGCAAAAAAACGAAAUACCCAUUUGCACACCUUUUAGUGUAUGAUUUUGGUACGUUUUAAUUUAUUUAACGUAAAUAAAUCUGUGAACCUGAAAA